GAGGAUGCCCGUGGCAGCGUGGUGCUGGGGCAGGUCGACGUCCAGCUGGCACCCUACAUCAUUGACCUCCAGUCCAUGCACCAGUUCCGGCAGGACACGGGGACCAUGCGCCCCGUACGGAGGAACUUCUAUGACCCAUCCUCGGCUCCAGGGAAGGGAAUCGUGUGGGAAUGGGAGAAUGACAAUAACUCCUGGACUCCCUAUGACAUGGACAUCUGCAUCACUAUCCAGAAUGCCUACGAGAAGCAGCACCCCUGGCUGGACCUCUCCUCCCUGGGCUUCUGCUACCUCAUCUACUUCAGCAGCAUGUCCCAAAUGAACCGGCAAACCCAACGAAAGCGCCGGCUCCGGCGCCGCAUGGACCUGGC